CGCGCCGCCGCAGCGACGUAAUGGCUUCCGCCGCGGUGCUCCGGAACGCCGGCUCCCGGCGCCUCUUCUCCUACCCUACUCUCCGCGCCGCUGCGAUAUAUGUACCUUCUGCGCUACCCGAUGCGCCCGCGGCGGCGGCAGCGCCGGCCCAGCCGCCACCGACGGCCGGGACCCUCUGGGCGAGGUCUAUGGCCACCUUCACGCGCACGAAGCCCCAUGUGAACGUCGGCACCAUUGGGCACGUCGAUCACGGCAAAACCACUCUCACUGCUGCCAUUACCAAGGUCCUGGCCGAGGCAGGGAAGGCCAAAGCCGUUGCUUUCGACGAGAUCGACAAGGCUCCGGAGGAGAAAGCCAGAGGAAUCACCAUUGCGACAGCUCACGUCGAGUAUGAGACGGCUAAAAGGCAUUAUGCUCACGUUGAUUGUCCAGGUCACGCAGAUUAUGUCAAGAACAUGAUCACUGGAGCUGCUCAAAUGGAUGGUGGUAUUCUUGUCGUGUCAGCUCCUGAUGGCCCGAUGCCACAAACUAAGGAGCAUAUUCUUCUUGCCCGUCAGGUUGGUGUACCUUCCCUUGUGUGCUUCUUAAACAAAGUUGAUGCUGUUGAUGAUCCAGAGCUUCUGGAACUUGUAGAGAUGGAGCUUCGGGAGCUCCUCAGUUUCUACAAGUUCCCCGGUGAUGAGAUUCCGAUCAUCCGUGGGUCUGCGUUGUCUGCUUUGCAAGGGAACAAUGAUGAGAUAGGAAAGAAUGCAAUUUUGAAAUUAAUGGACGCAGUUGAUGAGUACAUCCCUGAUCCUGUGAGGCAGCUUGAUAAGCCUUUCUUGAUGCCGAUAGAAGAUGUGUUUUCUAUUCAGGGUCGUGGAACUGUUGUUACUGGGCGUGUUGAACAGGGAACAAUCAAAACUGGUGAAGAUGUUGAGAUCUUGGGUUUGGCACAGACUGGUCCCUUGAAGACUACAGUUACUGGUGUUGAGAUGUUCAAAAAGAUACUGGACCAUGGAGAGGCUGGUGACAACGUUGGCCUUCUUCUCCGUGGUCUUAAGCGUGGUGAUGUUGAGCGUGGCCAGGUGGUGUGCAAACCUGGUAGUCUGAAGACAUGCAAAAAGUUCGAGGCGGAAAUAUAUGUCCUGACAAAGGAUGAAGGUGGCCGGCACACUGCCUUUGUCACAAAUUACAGCCCCCAAUUCUACUUCAGGACAGCUGAUGUCACUGGAAGGGUUGAGCUGCUUGGGGAGAUGAAGAUGGUUUUGCCCGGUGACAAUGUAACUGCGAAUUUUGAGUUGAUAUCACCUGUUCCUCUUGAACCUGGGCAAAGAUUUGCGAUUAGGGAAGGAGGAAGAACGGUCGGUGCUGGAGUCGUCUCCAAAGUUCUUAGCUGAUCAGUUUCCACUUUCUUCUCCGUAGCAAUUCAGUGAACAAACGAGUGUUGAUAUGUCCGACCGGGUUAGAAACGAGCGCAAAGCACCGGGUUUUCUUUUGCAUUUUUCUUGGAAUGCCUGAGCAAAGGCAGAGCUGGCCUGGCCAGUGGCCACCAUUUUAUUGUUGAGGCGUGGUGCUGUGUAACACCACGGUUAGUUUGGUUGACACGCAAGUUGGGCAUAACUUUGAUUGAAUAAUACUAGUCUCAUCAU